AAGGGGGGGUGGGUUCAGACUUGAUCCAAGUUAGGAGCUUGAAAGGUCCACGAUGUAGCUGAGAGUCCAGGGUUUUUUUUUUUAUUUUAAAUUUUUUAUUUUUCAAUUAUUAUUAUUUGUUUUACAUUUUUGCUUACAUCGUUUUCCUUUGAACGCCGCUCGUGCACUGGAGCCGCGCGCACGCGCCACAGACGCACGCGAGCCGGACUCCGGGGGCCCGAGAGAGAGAGAGAGAGAGAGAGAGAGCGCGCGCGCGAGGGCUUCUGUUUCUGCACCGUUUUGGUUUUGCAAAAGAAGAAGGGAAAGAGAGGGGGGGGACAAACGAGUGUGAGAGGGAGAGAAAGAGGCGGCGGAGGAGGUCCUCCAAGCCUGCCGAAGAAGAAGAAGAAGUAGCACGAGCGCGAGAGGUUGGGGGGGGGAAGAGAAAGAGGGAGGGAGGGAGAGAGAGAGAAAGAGCGCACGAGAGAGAGAGAUAGAUGGAGGGAGGGAGCGAGAACGAACGCAAAGUCUUUUGUGCUUCCCCUCCCCCCCACCGGAGCAAAGGGGAAAUGUCCGUGUCCAAAGGAGGAGGUAAGAAGAAGCCGCCUGUACCCAGGCUCCCUAGGGAGGCGUUUGAUCAGCAACCUCCCGCUCCUACACCCCCGAGAGACCUGGACUCGAAAGCCUGCGUUACCAUCGGAGAGAAGAAUUUCGAAGUGAAGGCAGAUGAUCUGGAGCCGAUCGGAGAGCUGGGCAGGGGUGCAUAUGGAGUGGUGGAUAAAAUGAAGCACGUGCCUAGUGGCAUAAUCAUGGCAGUAAAGAGAAUCCGGGCGACGGUGAACAGCCAGGAGCAGAAGCGGCUGCUGAUGGAUCUGGAUAUUUCAAUGAGGACAGUGGACUGCUUUUUCACAGUCACAUUCUAUGGAGCGUUGUUCAGAGAGGGUGAUGUGUGGAUCUGUAUGGAGCUAAUGGACACCUCACUGGAUAAGUUUUACAAGCAGGUCCAUGAGAAGGGUAUGACCAUUCCAGAGGACAUCCUGGGCAAGACAGCCGUCUCGAUUGUGAAAGCUCUGGAACACCUGCACAGCAAACUGUCAGUGAUCCACCGAGAUGUGAAACCCUCCAAUGUGCUGAUAAACAUGCAGGGACAGGUGAAGAUGUGUGACUUCGGGAUCAGCGGCUACCUGGUCGAUUCGGUGGCCAAGACCAUGGACGCCGGAUGCAAACCCUACAUGGCACCGGAGCGGAUAAACCCGGAGACCAAUCAGAAGGGCUACAAUGUCAAGUCUGAUAUCUGGAGUUUAGGGAUCACAAUGAUCGAGCUGGCCAUCCUGCGUUUCCCGUACGACUCCUGGGGGACGCCGUUCCAGCAGCUGAAGCAGGUGGUGGAGGAGCCUUCUCCUCAGCUUCCUGCUGACCGCUUCUCCCCCGAGUUUGUGGACUUCACAACACAGUGCUUAAAGAAGAAUUCCAAAGAGCGGCCAAACUACAUGGAACUCAUGCAACACCCCUUUUUCACCUACCACGACUCCAAAGAGACGGAUGUGGCCAGCUUUGUCGGAAUCAUCCUGGGCGACUGAGGGGCCUCUUCUUGGCGAAGGCGAGGCAAAGCAGGACUAAUUCCACAGCAGAAAAAAAAUAAUAAUAAUAAAAAUAAAAAAAAUACCCAAUUGCAAGACUGACACCUGUAAGCCACGCCCACCUCAAGCUGUAGUGCAGGGGGGGGGGCUCAUGAGAGAGAAAGAGAGAGAGAGAGAGAGAGAGAGAGAGAGAGAGAGAGGUGCCACGGAAAGGGGCAGAGACUGAAUAUAAGGGGGUGGGGCAUUUCCUUGGAACACACAGAUGACUAGCAGGGGAUGGGGUUCUGUGUGUGUGUGUGUGUGUGUGUGUGUGUGUGUGUGUGUGUGUGUGUGUGUGUGUGUGUGUGUGUUAAUGAAAUGAGGGUGUUAAAAAGUCCCGAUCUGAUUUUUAUUUCCCUCUCGGUAUGAAAGCAUUUAAGAUUCAAGCCAGUUUAAUUUAAAGCAUUAUACCAUCGACAUCCGAAUAAAGAAAAGCGACACUGAUAUAUUUGUUAUGAAUAUAAAUAUAUAUUAUUUGUGGAUAAAUAUGCAAGGUAAUCCUGUUGUAUUAUAAUGUUAUAUGACAAAAUAGAAAAAAAAUUAUCCCAAAUCUGGUCAUUAAGUCCUACAUUUAUGCCCUCUCUCUGUAUCUUUUCGGAUACACCUGCACCAGGUGAUCAUGUGACCUGGGGGAGGUGGUGGGGUGAUCUGGCUUAGGUUAUCAGGCUCAAUGAGAAAUCCAUCAGGACCCUUCAUGAAGUGUGUGUGUGUGUGUGUGUGUGUAUGUAUCUGUAUUAAGAUUAUCUGGGGAAAUUGGUAUCUUUUUUUUUUUUUUUGGUCUGUUGCUUCAGUCUAGUCCUCUGUUCUGAGCCAAAUCAAGAGAGUUCUCGCUCUGUGUUCAACUGCAGUUCAACUGGAAAUUAUUACUAUUAUUGUCAUGACGAUUAUCACUUUAUUAUAACGAUAUCCCCACGUUAGAACAUGCGUAUUAACCCGUCUUGAGGUGUUUUGCAGUUUCUGUAUUUAUUGUAACUGCUGUUUUCUUUCUUUUCUUUUUUUUUGGUUUGUUUUCUCUCUCUCUCUCUCUCUCUAUCUCUCUCAAUGAAAACUUGACUUCUUCUUUUGUUUUAAUUUUAAGGUGUGCGUGAGAACGUAGCUUUUGCGAGUGCGAGAGAGAACGAGCGAGCGUUUGUAAGAGAGAGAUACAGUGUGUGUGUGAGAGAGAGUGAGUGAGUGUGUGUGUGUGUGAAUAUUGUAUUACAGUUUGGACACGCGUAGCUGACACUUCUCUGUAAGUCUCACCGUGACUCAGAAGCCUGAUUUGUGCCUCUUUAUAGAAAAGAAAAAAAAAAAGGAUCUACAAUACAUUAAACAGACAAAUUACGAAAACUUA